AAUGCUACUCAUUAUAUAUGGUAAGCUGAACUUCUUCGUCUUUAUCCUGGAAAAAAAGCGCUGAACUUCUUCGUCUUUAUCCUGGAAAAACAGCGCUGAACUUCUUUAUCUCCACACCACUCCCAUGACAACCGUCUCAAAUUUUCUUGGAAAUUUCGGCACCGAUUUUUCUGCAGCCAUAUUAUUCACCCUCUGCGCCAUCUUUGCCGUCCUUUGGUAUACGUGGGCGUAUGUCAACUCCAAGAAAGGGAGCUUGCCACUGCCACCAGGCCCUCCAGGCCUCCCUUUCAUCGGCAACCUCGCCUCGCUUGACCCGGAUCUUCACUCAUACUUUGCAUCCUUGGCCCGUACUUACGGGCCAAUCUUGAAGCUUCGCCUCGGAUACAAGCUUGGAAUCGUGGUCAACUCCCCAUCUCUGGCCCGAGAAGUUCUCAAAGACCAGGACAUAACCUUUGCUAAUCGAGAUGUCCCGGAUGUGGCCCGAUCUGCCGCUUACGGUGGUUCCGAUAUCGUUUGGACUCCAUAUGGGCCAGAGUGGAGGAUGCUGCGAAAGGUGUGUGUUCUCAAAAUGCUUAGCAACACUACCUUGGACUCCGUUUACACCCUUCGCCGCCAUGAGGUCCGACAAACCGUGAGUUACCUUUAUAGUAAGGCUGGGUCACCCGUGAACUUUGGAGAGCAAGUCUUUUUAACUAUACUAAACGUGAUAACCAAUAUGUUGUGGGGAGGCACGGUACAAGGGAAGGAGAGGGCUGGCCUAGGAGCAGAGUUUAGGGAAGUGGUUGCGGACAUGACUGAGUUAUUGGGCAAGCCCAAUGUUUCGGAUUUUUUUCCGGGUUUGGGGCGGUUUGAUUUGCAAGGCCUGCUGAAGAAGAUGGAUAGGUUGGCGAAGCAGUUUGAUGGCAUAUUUGAGAAGAUGAUUGAUAAAAGGGUGAAGAUGGACGGAGAUGGCAGGGAUAGUGGCAAAGAUUGUAAAGACUUCUUGCAGUUCUUGUUGCAGGUGAAGGACGAGGGAGAUACCAAGACACCGCUUACCAUGACCCACCUCAAAGCGUUGCUCAUGGAUAUGAUUGUGGGUGGUACAGACACAUCCUCAAACUCAAUUGAGUUUGCCAUGGCAGAAAUAAUGAACAAGCCAGAAGUGAUGAAAAAAGCUCAGCAAGAAUUGGAUGCAGUACUUGGAAAGAACAACACAGUAGAAGAGUCUCACAUAGACCAAUUGCCUUAUCUAUGUGCCAUCAUGAAAGAGUCAUUGCGGCUGCACCCUGCACUCCCUCUGUUGGUCCCUCACUGUCCAAGUGAAACCUGCAUUGUGGGAGGCUACACUAUUCCUAAGGGUGCUCGAGUUUUCAUUAACGUGUGGGCGAUCCAUAGAGAUCCUUCAGCUUGGGAAAAUCCAUUGGAGUUUAGACCUGAGAGGUUUUUGGAUAGUCAAUGGGACUACAGUGGAAGUGACUUCAGUUAUUUCCCAUUUGGGUCUGGACGCAGAAUUUGUGCCGGGAUCGCAAUGGCUGAGAGGAUGUUUUUGUAUUCACUUGCUACCCUUCUCCACUCUUUUGAUUGGAAAUUGCCAGAAGGAAAAAAUAUGGAUCUUUCAGAGAAGUUUGGAAUUGUUUUGAAGUUGAAGAAUCCUCUGCUGGCCAUUCCAACACCAAGGUUAUCUGAUCCUGCACUCUAUGAAUAGGUCCUAAUUGCACAAAUAUUUAUAAAUUGUACGUCAAAUCAUAAGCCGUCCCAACCAAACAUGAAACUUUGUUGUUCAAAAAGGCCAAAAAAAAAAAAAAAAUCUCUCGAAGGCUUAUGAUGUAAUUUGCAUUAUUCUCUGCUUCUGUAUUUAUAUUGAGUGUUAAAUCCCAUCAGACUUGGUUGAAUUGGUAUCUUCAAUUUAUUUCAAUAGAUGUCCAUUGGUUUUUAAA